CAAGAGAACAGCUGUUCAGUUUUGGGAACUACUGUCAGGGCCGCAAGCACUGCAAGACUGCAAGUGUAGUAGCACGUAGUAGCAUACGAGGCAAUAUAAGGUAUUGAUCAGCUGAUCAGUGCAGUAUGUCUGCUGAUAAGAAAGUGGUCCUAGUCACAGGUGGGACUGGACUUGUUGGACACGCCAUUCAGACUAUUGUUCAGCAAGAAAAGAGAGAUGACGAGGAAUGGAUUUUUGUUGGCUCCAAAGAUGCUGAUUUGAGUGAUCGUGACCAGACAAAAGCCUUGUUUAACAAGUAUCGCCCGACACAUGUGGUCCACCUGGCAGCAAUGGUUGGAGGUCUGUUCCACAACAUAUCCCACAACCUGGAUUUCCUGCGUAAGAAUAUCCACAUCAAUGACAAUGUGCUGCAGACAAGCUUCGAAGCUGGAGUUGUGAAAGUUGUGUCAUGUUUGUCUACAUGCAUCUUUCCUGACAAGACAACAUAUCCCAUAGAUGAAACUAUGAUUCACUUGGGUCCACCACAUCCAUCCAACUUUGGAUACAGUUAUGCCAAGCGACUGAUUGAUGUCUCAAAUCGAGCGUACCAUGAGCAAUAUGGCUGUCUGUUUACAUCUGUUGUACCAUGCAAUGUGUUUGGACCACAUGAUAACUUCAGUAUGCAGUCAAGUCAUGUUAUCCCUGCACUCAUCAGGAAACUUCACGAUGCUAUAGAGAGAGGGAAGUUAGGGAGUCCAGAAAAGACUGUAUUCACUGUUCUUGGUACAGGCCGGCCAUUACGUCAGUUUAUCUAUUCCCUGGAUCUUGCAAAAUUGUUCAUCUGGGUGCUGAGGGAGUAUAACAGUGUGGACCCAAUCAUUCUUUCCGUGGAUGAAAAGGACGAGGUGUCUAUAAGCACAGUUGCUGAGAACAUUGCUCAAGCUUUUGACUUCCACGGUGAAAUUCAGUAUGACUCAACACAAGCCGAUGGUCAGUUCAAGAAAACGGCAAGCAAUGCUAAAUUAAGGAGCUACAUGCCUGACUUCCAGUUCACACCAUUUCAGCAGGCAGUGAACGACACAGUGCAGUGGUUCAAGCACAAUUAUAACACAGCAAGGAAAUGAGAUAUUCACUUCUCAGUAUUAUGUGAUUGGUCUCAUGAGAUGUAUUGCUGUGUAUGGUUACGAACAUCCUGAACAUAGACUUAGCAGAUACUUCCAAAAAUUUGUAACUGCCUACCAGGGUUCAUGGCACCACAUCUCAGGAGCUGACAGUCGUGCAAUAAAUAAUUGUUUUCUCUUAACCCAUUGAGGUUGAGAUUUUUGGGUGCAGGAAAAUACACUGGGGCUUGGAUUAUUUA